GAUCUCUUGAGUAUCUGACUCAGAGGAUGAGUUCUCCUCGAACAUUUCCAUACAUUGAGCCUUGAUGCUACAUGUAAUGACUUGUCUUUCUUGUCACUCCACGGUUGGUGAACGUCACCACAGAUUAGGGAGCGUCCAAGGUAUCUCACCCCGGGUUCCGCGUAUUUGCACAUUUACGAUCGUAGAUGGGGAUGACUGGAUACCUGAAAUGUCUGGUACCGAAGGUAUUUUACGCACACUAGGCAUACCAAAGUCUAGCUACCUCCCUACCAAGGUGGUAGUUCUUAACCAGAAUUACCUAGGUACGUAUACUAUCUCAGGGCACCGCAUCCCCAUGCCGGAGUCAUUAAUGUUCCACUUCCGAAUCUCAAAUUCGGAAUUUCUCUUGCCCUUCUUCUAAGGUCUCCUUCUUCAGGCAACUGCUGACGCAGGCUUCAGGCGGUCCAAAGUCUCAUGGUUGGCCUGAGGGGAGCAGGGCGGCAGGACCAACCAAAGACUUGGAGCGGCAGAAGCUGUUCAAGAUCGUAUCCUCGUUGCUAAAAAUCCAAUUCUGCAGAAUCCUUCGUGUUGGUUCAUCAAUGAGAAACGUUCCAGGACGUGCUAGGCCACCAUCGCCUGUGGUGGAAUCAUCAUCUCCAAAUUUAGUCAAUCCCAGGGUCAGAAUUGCUUGGUAAUUGGGCCCGGGCACCUUUGACACGAAGCCAAGGGUGCGGUCGUUUACUCGUGGGGGAAGCCUCGUAUCCUUUAGGUUUCAAC